AUGCAUACUCUCUAUCUCUACACCAUCCUCGCUCUCUUCUGGUCCACCCUUACCACAGCCACAGAAACCACCCGAACACCCCUCCAAGUGACCUUUCUUCCACCCACGACUAACAACACCCCCAUAAUCGUCGACACCUUCACCCACCCCGACAAAAACCACCUUGGAUCCUGGCACGGUGCCCUCGAAGACCUCACCGUCACCCAGGGACGGGACUACAUCGAACUGAACGCCUCAAACGCUGACCAAACAUACCACAGCCAGCUCUCCUCAACAACAUGUUUCGACCUCACCCCCUACAAAACCUGGAUCCUGCACAUUGUCUACUCAGGCCCACCAACCUUCAGCGUCUCCCUCCACCAAAACAAUCCCUCCUGCAACCCAUCGUUAAACCCUUACCCCGAAACCAGUGACAGCAUCGAGGCGUCCCGCUACACUGCCAAACCCCACUGGCACCACCGUAAACCAAAGAAGCAAAAGCCACAAGACCUCUACGUCCCCCUCUCCCACUUCACUAUCGACCAGUCCCACGUCCUCUCCAUCUCCCUUGGAGGUUUCUAUCCACCGUACACGCGCCCAAUAAAAGUGUACAAGGUCGAGCUAAUCCCGGCCCCACCACGCGGUGUUAAAAUUCCAAAGAAAAAACAGCCGACGGGGCAGCUGAGACUCCGGUGCACAAGACCUGGUUCGUUUGCUUUCGGGAUCGAUGAUGGUAUACCCAUCUUGCGGACGAGAUGCACAUUCCAAGGAGUGGGUGAGCAUGAUGAUAUGAUAAUGCUAAUGAGUGACAAAUGUAGGAUGGAAGGAAUGGAGUCGACGAAGGCUAUAGAUGACGAUAUUUUCCGAAAUAUCGCUACAUUUAAGGAUUUGCUUGGGGUAGAGUCCAGCUACUUCCGUCCCCCAUACGGUACUAUCGGGCCCCGCACGCGCCAAAUCCUCGCCAAGCGCAUCAAAAACCCCCAAAUCAUCAACUGGAGCGUCGACAUCGAAGACUGGAGGUGGGCAGACUCCGACACACCCGAGCGCCAGCUGAAGGCAUUCUACCGCGAUGUCGACCGCGGUGGGAAUCUGGCCGUGCUGCAUUAUCUGAGUAAUUCGACCGUGGGGUAUUUUCGGGACAUUAUCCACUAUGUUCAAGGCAAGGGAUUGAAGAUUAUGCGUAUUGAUCAGUGCCUGGAGGAUCCCAAAGCUCCUGAGGUUUUGUAG